AUGCCACCGGAAACACUUGAGCUCAUGGAAGUAAACACGGUGUACAACGUGUUUCACUGCAAAGCUAAAAUUUGCCGGUUGGUUGUAUCGAAAAUAGUAUAAUGUUACCAUACAGUGAUUUUUGACGAAGUUGCCAGUGAAUUGGUAGUUUCAAGACUUUAUUAUUUGGUGCGCUAAACAAACUAGAAAACCGUUGAAUAUGUAGCCACUACUAGUAGCUAGUACUCGUGUUUUGUAUUUUCUGACUAACCAACGUGGUAGAAUUUCAGCUAGCUAUUUAAUAAGAAUAACUCUAUUAAAUAGCAGGUUGUGUAUUUGAUAUUAUAGUAGCUGGCUAUUGAGAUGCCCUGUGUGAAAUGUCGAAGCCUGCAUUGUUGUCGCUUCAUCAAGCACUAAAAAGGAGCUUUCAUUCUUUGGAGCAAAAUCAUAAAGUGUGGAAUUCCGUACUGGAAGAAUGCGUGCCCUUGAUGGGCUCCCUGGGUAACCUCGCCGAGCAGCUACUAGCGCUCAACGGCGUACAGAUGGCAAGCACGCCUUUGGCUCGGUUCUCUGACCUGCAAGAUCGCCUCCGUUGCAAGCUUCUGGUGGCUGUGGACACCGUCCUCGACAAACUUGCUGACAAAAUGUGUUCCUUGCAGAAGGUAAGGGAUGCAGUGGGUAACCAGGUAACGGCUGCAUUCCAAGUGUAUGAGCAGCAUGCAGACACUCUGGACCUGACCACCUGUCUGCAGAGGUCAGCAGCUGCCCCCUCCAUCGCAGACAUGCUAGAGUGGCUGCAGGAUGCAGAACGCUACUACAGGCAGCAGUACCUGAGGAGAAAGGCUCUAUUGCAGGCACUGAAGCCCGGUGAGCUGUCUGACCUGCAGAACGCACACAGGAGGUGGGAGGCUCUGGCCACACCCGAGCGAGAGGACAGUGUCUCAGACACGCUGUUCAGAGUGUCCUUUUUCAUGGACUCUCCCUGAGAGUGGCUCAACCGGCCUGGUGCCAGCACAGCUCCACCCAGAGCCACACAGCCAGUCCUCACAGGCCCAGCACAGAGGAGCACUGCUCUAAGACAUUCAAUCCGGAGGUCAUGAGGAGGGAGAGAAGGUAUCAGAUGGAGAAGGGGGAGGAAUAUGGCUGUAGCCAGAAGUGGGCUCAUCAUGUGGCAGAAUCUGGCAGAUGGGGGCAGAGUAUGGAGAAAAAAGUUGAGAGAGAAAGAAUACAUCAGAGAUCAAGGGAUCCCACAAAAGACCAGAGAGUAACAGUAAUCUGUGUGUGGACUUCGGGGGGAAAUACUGGGGCAGUCACAAUGUCUGUCACAUUUUUCCUGAAUGUCUCAGAAUAAUGUCAGUGUGGUAACUUAAUUUGUAAUCUCCUUUGGUUAUGAAAAUAAAUGGCAGAAGUCAGUCAUUUUAA